CCGCCACAGCUCCGAGGGUUCGGCGGCGGACCCGGCGUCGGCGCGCCUUUCCACCAGCCUGGGUUCCCUUCUCACGGCCAGCCGCAGGGAGGGCCUCUGGGGGCCAACCAAUAUCUCAAUGCCAACGCCCAACUGAAUCCCUUCACGCCGAACAACAUCAACUCCUUCAACGCUGCUGCCCUCAAUGGCGCCGGCGGCUUCCCAGACACGGGCUUUGGCAGCCAGAGCGCAAGGAUGGGGUUUGCGCAUGGGCCGGGCGCCGCUGCUCUACAACAGCAGCAGCAACAGCAGCAGCACGGUGGCCAAAUGCAGCACAAUUCCUUGAUGGACCAUCCCACAAUGCGGCCGCAGCCAUCAAAUAAGGGCAGGAUACGCGAAGUCUGGAAACAUAACCUGGAAGAGGAGAUGGCUGUGCUGAGAGAUAUUAUUGACAAAUACCCCUACAUUGCUAUGGACACGGAGUUUCCUGGUGUCGUAUCAAGACCUAUGGGUGGUUUCAGAGGAAAGAGCGACUAUCAUUACCAGUGUCUACGAACAAACGUCGACAUGUUGAAAGUUAUCCAGAUCGGCAUCACAUUAUUCAACGAGGACGGUGAGACGCCACCGGCGCGGCCUGGCCCGGAGCUGGGACUCAGUGCAGCAACAAGGCGGCAUAUUGGGCAAGGACCAUUCCCUUACUCAUGGCAGUUCAACUUCAAAUUCUCUUUACAAGACGACAUGUACAAUGAGAAAUCGAUUGAAUCUCUUCAGCAGGCUGGCAUCGACUUCAAGGCCCUCGAGCAAAACGGUAUUGACCCCCACCAGUUCGCCUCCCUAUUAAUACCGUCCGGCCUGGUAUGUUUCGAUAACGUCCGGUGGAUAUCCUUCCACGGCGGCUACGACUUUGGCUACCUCACAAAGCUGCUCAUCUGCAUGCCCCUUCCAAACGACGAGAUCGACUUUGACCACAAGAUGAAGCUGUAUUUCCCCAUGACGUACGAUGUAAAGCAUCUGAUGAAGUAUGCCAUCAAGCUUCACAACUCAGGGAUGCUUACUCCCAGCGAUCCUGGUACCACUGAAAUCUUGCAAAAAUUCGAGCACAAGUCUGGCCUGGAGAAUAUUGCAGAGACUUUGAAGGUUAAGCGAAUCGGGUCUGCUCACCAGGCUGGUUCAGACUCUCUCCUUACUGGCAAGGUGUUUUUCCAGAUGCGCGACCGCAUCUUCAACGGCGAGAUUCCCGAUGAUCAUCUCGGCAAAGUCUGGGGACUUGGCAUCCCUGAUGUCGGAUUGCCCAUGUCGAUGAUGGGCCAGGGCGACCAGAACGGAAACACUCCCAGCACUCCGAAUACGGGCCCUGCGCAUCUUGUGACAACCCCGGCCCAACAGGGCCAUAAUACAAACGGCCUGCCUACAAUGGGAGGACCGAUGACACCUGGAGGCGGAGGCGGCGUCUUUGGUAGCUUUGCAUUUGGAGGAAACAGC